ACGCGCUGCGGAGCCCGACACGGCAAUUUUCCCGGCGACUCCGGACGGCGCAUCAUGUCCCUGCUCCAAGUGCUCUACCUCCUCGUCCUCGCAUCCGCCUGCAUUGCCGCCGUUUCAGGGUCCUGCUUGAACUAUGGGCACUCCUGUUGGGGUGCCCAUGGAAAACGGAGCGGGAGCGGAAGUGGGAGCGAAGACGUGAGUCUGGACAACUGGCUCAUCUCGCGGCUGCUCGCGGAGGGCAGCAGGAGAGGGGUGCCCUCCUCGACGAUGACCCGGCAAACGCCCGAGCGAAACUGGGCCGCGGCCCCCUCGCUACCCCAUAAAGUCAACCUCCAGGCCAUCCGGUGGCUCACCAGAGGCCGCUUCCCUUUUAGGUUAUUAGAAGAAAACCUCACCAGGGGUGAAGGUGAGCCUAUACUAGGAACUAGUGAGCAGGAGAUGAAUGAAAUAGCCACGGGAAGUGACUCAAGUACCGGCCAUUCCAAGGAUCAAGAAUUAGUGCUCCUGGAACAACCGCCCAAGCUAAUCAAAAUAUUGGAUCAGCCAUGACGGUGAACCGGGUCGAGAGCGAAGUCGUUUGUCUCGUCCGCCAAAGCAGCCCGACCUGUGGAUGGUCGGCUCCGUCAUCUACCAGCAAUCUGUCGCUCGCGUCGGCAAAAAUUUGUUCUCUUCCUUUGUUUUAUUCCUAGUUCCUCUCUUUAGUUAUUCUAUUUUCUAUCCUUUGUUGACUCCCGUUUUAUAUUCAGAAGACUGUGAAUAGGUUGCAUUUGACCUCGGUCGCAAAUAAAUCAUAACUAACCACCA